CAAGCCUGUCACCCCCAUGCCCUCCCCCCCAAAACCCUGCCGUCAAUACUACUGUAGGGAGACGAGGGCGGCAUCGAGCCUAACCAAUCAGAGACACCAUCCAUGCUGGUGCUUGCUUCUCGGAUUGAUCGUAUCGAAUAGGGAUGUUGCUCAACUUACGCACGUUUCUGAUAUAACCAUAUACGUUCAUCAUAUUUAUAUCUGCCAUUUCGGCAUCCUUCAGCUCUGGGGCAAGAAGCAUAAUCAGGGCGAUAUUCAUUUGCCCACCCAGACAAGGACUACUUCUAGAUUUAUUCUAAAUGCAGCCCAAGAACAUCAGCGAAAGGCGAAAUCCGAUGGACAAUUUGUUGAGAAUAUCCCACUGCUUGUCUGCCUACACAAGAUCCCACAACCUCGUCUUGCCUCCCCCGAUGGGACCACUCGGCUCGUUCCCGGUGAAGCUAUCUUGCAUUUAGCCUGUGGAAAAAAAGGCGACAGCCGCUACACCAUCCCCACUUGCCGCCAGGUUCCGUCAAAUUAACGACAUGCACCUGGGUUUUGCAGCUCAGGCUCGGUUCCGAUGCCUAGAUCAAGGUUAGAGAAAAGAUAGGAAAGAAAUGAGGUGCAUGAUGUGAACAUGAAAGCUUUUUUUUUGUC